AUGAGUGGCUCCCUCUUUUCUCAUACCCCACUCGUCACUGGGUCGCUGCUCAACAUCGAAAUCACUGCUUGGCUGUCUGCCCAAGAACCUUCCAUUCCCGUCCUCGAUGAUGAACAUGUCCAUCCCCAUCCACAUUUCCCUCCCAUAGGCUCCAAACCCACGACUCGAUUAUCCUCUGCCUCAUUCCUGCCCACAUUUUGUCUCAUUCUUUCGCGACCUGUGUCCGGCUUAAAUCAGCGUGAUAGAGAUCUUAUUGUUCGUCGCUCUGACGGUGGCUCUUCUUAUGCCGCUGAUAACGGAGCUGUUGACUCUGAGGGACAGGAUUCGAGAGAACCGGAUCUCCGACAUUCUGAAGGCUGA